AUGUUGAUUAGCGCCUUUCGGGAGGUCAGCCUGGCUAGAAGAGAUCUCGGUUGGGGGGUGGAUGCGUUGGCCAUGCGGCUUACCAUGCUCGGCUUCCUUAGGCACGGGCGGAAGAAUAACGCCAGUGAUAGCGGUAUUCCGCAAGAGGCAACAUUAAUCGACAGAAACCAGGGCUGGCUGGACGGGCGAGCGUCGGAGUGGCAGAGGUUCCUGCGGUGGGCGCACGCCAGCUACGGCUGGACGGAGGAGGUCAUCGUGAAGAGGGCCGGCUUCGCACCCGGCGAGUUGGAGGUUGUGGCUCUUUCUAGCGGCAAGUCUCGGAACCGGCCGAUGGCCCCUACGUACGUCCUAGCGGUGGACCACGGUCGGAGGGAGAUCGUGCUGUCGGUGAGAGGAACGAAGGCCUUUGGCGACGCCAUCACCAUCACGCACUUCCGCCCGGAGCCGUUUCUUGACGGCUACGCCCACAGAGGAUUUGCCCAAAGCGCCCACGAGCUGGUGAAGCAGGUGGAGCCGGAGCUCACGUCCCUCGCGGAGCGCCUGCCCGACUACCGCGUGUGUUUCACCGGGCAUAGCAUGGGCGGCGGGAUCGCGGCGAUGGCUUCGAUGCUCAUCAGGGACAGCGCCACUCGCCGGCUACAGCAGCAGCAGCACCAGCACCAGCAUGGACACCAGGGUGAGGAGCCUCCGUCGACCGCACGAAAGAGGGCGAGCAGCAGCACUAACUUGGACCACCGGGGGAGCCGCAAGAGGAGGGGCACCGCGGCCGGUGGCGGAAAAAUUUCGGCGGGGGCGGGGCUGGGGGGUUCGGGGGGGCCGGAGGUGUACUCGUUCGCCACGCCGUCGUGCGUGUCGCUCGAGCUAGCGCGCGGUUGCGAGGGGUGGGUAGAUUCGGUGGUGCACGGAGACGAUGCGAUCCCUCGCCUUAGCACCGUCUCCCUCGAGCUGCUCAAGGAAGACAUGACGGCCGCGGAAUGGCGGCGGGCGGUAGACCGCUUGACCGACCUCAACACGGUCCUCUCCCCUUCCACCAAAGCGGCGGCGGCGGCGGCGACAGCCAUCAAGAACGCGCUCACUGGGCUCGGCGCUCGACGCGGGGUACAGCGCCCCGCCAGUAGUGCCGGCGGCGGCGGUGGUAGCGGCGAUGAUGGGCGGACGAAUCACAGCGCAGCGGCUGAUAGCAUCCACGGUGGUGGCGAUGGCGAUGGUAGCGGCGGCUGCGAGCGGGCGAACCGCGGCGAAGCGGAUGGUGGCGGCGGUGGUGGCGGUGGUGGCGAUGCCGAGUUCGUGAGCAGCCUAGAAGGAUGGAGAGAAGAAAGCAGCACGCCGCCACCGAGCGGAGCGAGGGUAAGGUCGGCGCCGGCGGCGGCCGCGACCGCCGCAGCAGAGCCGAAGGUCACGAGGCGACAGGGGCCUGCCUCUGCUGCUGCUCCUUAUCGUGCUGCUGGUGGUACGGCGGAGGAGGCGUUACCUACGAGGGAGGUGAGGAAAGGGGAGACGGACCGCUAUGCGGGCGACAGCGGCGGCGGUAGCAAGGACGGGGCCGAGCCUGAAAGAAACGACGAGGAAAAGAAGAGGGAUAACGACAGGAAGAGAGACGACCUCGGGAGGUCUGUCCGAGACACGGCUUUGACCAUGAGAGGCUUGGCUAAGCUCUACCCGCUUUCACAGUCGUUCAGGCAGGAAAUAGCCACCAUCGUGACCCAGGUCGUGAAGCUCACUGGGGGAGAGACAGGCGAAGGCGCCGGCGCAAUCAAGCCGAAAGAGAGACGCGUUCGCCGUGCCGAAAACAAUAGCGGCAGCGGCGGCAGAAGCGGCGACCUCCAACGCCAACAGGCAGAGCAAGCAGGGACGGGCACCAACGGUGGUGAUGUCCGCAACAGCGGCGGCUCGGCGGCGGCGGGUGCGCGCGCGCGGGGGGGGGGGGCGGAGGCGGAAUCACCCGUCGGAACCGAGCUCCUCUUGACGCUCAAGGAGAACCUGGAAAGUCUAGGAGCGAGCCGGGGGGCACUAAAACAGGAUAACGCCGCUCUUGGCGGCGGCGGCGGCGGCAGCGGCAGCGGUGGCGGGAGCGGCGGCAGCGGACGUGUGCGAAACGGAGACGAAAAUAGGUCUGGGGGGCGGCGGCGACAGCAUCAGCCCAGCGCUAGCGCUGCCGGUGGUUCUGCGGCUGCCGCAUCUCUGGCCACAAGAGGCCCCGGUGCUGCGGUCACGAAGAGCCGCGGGAGUGACGUCACCGCUGCUACCGACCGAGACGCCAACGUGGGCGCUGACGACGACCGAUUACGCUGCCUCCACGAGGCCUUCUCGGCGAGGCCGGAGCCGUCGCUUCUUCCUCUCUAUCCCCCGGGGGGGACACCAAUUGCCGCGAGCGAUGCUGCCACGGCCGCAACAACUGGCUCCUGUUCCGAGGAGCGCGACGGGAGCGGCCAGGCUAGCGGCGACACCCAACAGAUGGUAACCACCACCACCGGUGCCUCUGCCGCUGCUGCCGCCGCCGGGGAGGACGGUGUUGUGCUUAUGCGAGUGCCCCAUGAGCACUUUCUGCGGAUGCCCCUCAGCCCGACCAUGCUGGAAGACCACUCUAUCCUUUCUUACCGGAAGGCCCUUGCCGGUCUGUCGAGGAACCCGUCGACCGGAAGACUGGGGCAGCCAGAGUAA